AGAGAUGUAAUGGAUGCUGGGAUGUAAGGGAUGCAGGGAUAUAAAGGACAUAGGAUUGGGCUCUGUGUGUCACACACAGGCAAAAAAAUAAUUAAUAACCGUGAAGCGUAAGCCAAUGCCCAUGAAGAGGGAUAAAAUAAUAAAUAAAAGAAUCUGGAGCGCUCACUCCCGACGCCAUUCGCUUCUUAUAUCGGAAGCAAGAAGGCUUAGUUAAUUAUUUUGACCACCGCUUUUCAAAUCGAGUUCAUUAUUUAUUUUACUGGUUAAUUAACGAACCGACUCGCUUCAUUUUGCUGUGGGUAUAGAUCUAACAUUACCUGGGGGUGUCUGCAAUCCCCAAAAUCAUUACAUCUCAAAAAUGAAGGCAUAUUUAGUCUUCUGUGUAUCUGUAGUCACUGCUGCUACGAUGUCAAAUUCCAGUGUUUUGAAGUGGGUUUUUGAUUUAUGUUAUAAAACGGUAUGUUUGUAAUACACGUAAUCCUGUAACUUAUCAUAGAAACGCCCAUUUCAUAAUAUUUAUUUUUACUGACAAGGAACUAUGUCCAACUUAAAAGACAUUCCAAACAACUUAACCAAAUGGGAUCUGUCAGAAGAUUCGUUGGCACCGUUAACCGAUCUUCAAAGAGAAUGUUUAUUAAACUUAGAAGACGAAUUAUCUUCUAUUAAUGAGGCGAAAAUAGAGUUAUAUGAAGAAAAGAAACCGGCACAAAUAGAACAGUAUCAAGAUCUGUUAGAAUAUUAUGCCAGCUUAGAAAAAAAAUGUAUGGAUAGAAAGGAUAUGAAAUAUAUAUUGUAUCUUAAGGAACUUGAAGCUCGGAGAUUAGAGUGUCAUGAACUCUGCCUCCAAAUAGAAGAAGCAUUAGAAGAUUUUACAAUGUUGUAUAAACAGUAUUCUGAGGUUUCAGAAAAAACUACAUCUUUGUAUGAUGCUAGUGAACAGCUCGAUUCUGAUCAAAGAAGAUUAAAUUCCAUUAUAGAGAACAUCACAGAAUAUGUAAAAUAUUUCAAAGAUGUUGAUAUGAUGAUGGAAAAAUUGGAGGCACCCACGUUAUGUAAUAAUCCUUCGUUUAAAGAAAGUAAUACUUAUUUAAUGAAAUAUAAACAUUGUCAGUCAAAGGCAAUAUCUAUGAUGCAAAAUUAUAUUUUUAAUUUAUUUAGUAAAACUACAGAAAGUAUUUUGAAUUUAAAAGAUAAUGAUGGUUCCCAAGAUAAUGCGGAUGCAGCCUUGGCACUUUUUUAUGGAAGAUUUCAAACUAUUUUAUCAAAAGUUAAAUCUGUUAUAGAACAGAUUGAAAUGAAAUCAUACAAACGACAAGAAUAUGAUAGUCUAUUAUCCGAGUGCCAUCAAUAUUAUUGGAGUCAGAGAGGAUUAGUAUUGGGCAGUAGUGUGCAAAAAUCUCUGAUGUCUGUAAAGGAAAAGUACAACGGUGAUCACUGUAGUUUAGUAAGAAAUUCGUGUGCAUUAUUACUACACGCAUCAAUGGAUGAAUAUAAAUUAUUUUAUGAAUUCUUUUCAAAGCCAUCCAAUGGUUUAACUACGUAUCUUGAGAGUUUAUGUACUUCCUUAUAUGAUACAUUAAGGCCAUUUAUUAUUCAUAUUAAUCAUUUGGAAACUUUAGCAGAAAUUUGUUGCAUCUUGAGAAUUGAAAUGUUGGAUGAACAUGUACAAAAUAAUCUUGAACCUUUAGAAGGAUUUGGAAAUAUUUGUUUACAAUUACUACAUGAUGUACAAGAAAGACUUGUGUUUCGUGCACAUCUCUAUUUACAAUCUGAUGUUUUAAACUAUAGUCCAUCGCCGGGUGAUUUAGCAUAUCCAGAAAAAUUAAAAAUGAUGGAAGAUAUUGCAGAAUCCCUGAGGGAAGAAUCUAGACAAACAAGAAUGAAAAAGAUAUCUAUAUCAUCUAAUAGUGAUAAUAUUGCAGAGUCUGUUUCUAGAAAUCAUAUUGAAAUAGAUUCUAUCUAUCAGAAAACACAUAUGGGUAAUUCACCAGCAGAUCUUCAUGGAAUGUGGUAUCCUACUGUACGUAGAACAUUAGUUUGUUUAUCAAGAUUGUAUCGCUGCGUAGACAGGUCUGUUUUUCAAUCUUUAAGUCAAGAAGCAAUAUCUCUUUGUGUUCAAAGCAUAGAGAAUGCAAGACAAGAAAUUGAAAAAAGAGCAUCACUUUUAGAUGCAGAACUUUUUCAAAUAAAGCAUUUGUUAAUAUUACGUGAACAAAUUGCGCCAUUUCAAGUUGAUUUUACCAUCAAGGAAUAUAGUUUGGACUUUUCUAAAGUUAAGACAGCAGCAUUUGGUUUAUUAGAAAAAAGUUCAAGAUUUUUCACUUUAUCAAACAAUUCAUUGUUAGAAUUUUUAUUGGAAGGUACACCACAAAUGAAGGAACAACUGAUAGAUUCAAGGAAGCAUGUUGAUAAUAAAUUAAAGUAUGCUUGCCAACGUUUAAUACAGCAUGCAACGUUUUCAUUGAUACAUCCAAUUUUAAAGUUGCAAGAAAAGGAGAAAUCGUAUGUUAAUGCCAGUAAUCAAAAUAUAUCUCAGGAGCAUGCUCUUGGAAGUGCGCAAGAUGUUGCCGCAGCAAUUAGCGAAGUAUUACGGAUAAUUAAGUUCAAAUGUCCGGAAAUCCAACAACUGAUGCAGUUAUAUCUUUCUAAUAAGGAAACUGAGUUUAUUCUGUUUAGACCAGUAAAAAAUAACGUGUGCGCUGCAUUUACACAGUUAUAUCAGUUAUUGAGUAAAUAUUAUAAUUCAGAGGAGCUUCAAUUAAUUGCAUGUCCAUUACCAGAACAAAUUUCUGUUAUGUUGAGUUCAUCUAGCCUUGUACAUGGAAAAAGUACACAAACUACUGUAAAGAAAACAUAGCCAAAAGAAAGUUUUCAUAAUUAGAUGCUGUAUGUUAAUAUUAUUUUUAAACUGUUAUCAAAUUAUUCAUUGUUUUUAGACGCUUGUUCUUAAAAUAAAUAUUAAUAUAUAACAAAUGUUUUAUACGUUAAAAUAAAUUAUGU